GUAUAUUCGUAUUCAUACAAAAAAAUUUAUGUUAUAUUUCAAUUACUCUUAAAUAAACAAAGUACAUUUCCAAAUUUGCAGUUACAAUAAUUCAAUUUGAGAAAAAUGGACAACAGCAUGACUCCAGAGCCGCACUUGGUGCCAGGUUAUACCGGGCACUGUCCUGAGAACCGCGAUCGAGUGGGCAAGACGUACGGCAGACAGACGCACACGCUACUUAUCGAUCCUUGCAGUAAUCAUGCACCUGAGCUAAUUCUGGCGCCCAUUGAUGCCAAGCCCGAUAACAAGGAUUAUCCUACACAAAGUGAGCUGAAGAUUCUGCAUGAUCGCAAGGAGUUUGUUGACCCCGUGUAUCAGCAUCCAAUUAUACCGGGCUAUGCGGGCUUCGUGCCCAACAUGUUCAAGCAGACGGGCAAACGCUAUGUAGCCGCCGCAACAGCGGGCGUCGCUCAACACGAGACGCUGAUGCAGCUCUACCGCUGCGAGAAGCGCACAUUGCGUCACCGAGAUUUGCUGGAGAGUGGAAGAGGAUUGUUCGAGCACAAAUGGAAUGAGCGAUUGCUACCUCAAUCGACCUAUCGUGCACCCUUGUUGCCCGUUACGCGCAUUUGCAAGGGCAACAAGGACGAAAAAUGCCCACCGACAACGGAGAAGCUAUGCUACAGCAAAUUCACUACUCCCCACUUUCUGGACGAUGAUGAUGCCGAUAAGUUCAUCAUCAAGGGCUAUGCUGCUCAUAUACCGAUGGCCAUGACACGAUUCGGUGAGCCGAGCAAGGUACUCACCCACAAUGCCCUAUGCAGCUUCUCCGACUACAUGUACAAAAAGAAGCGCGAUAGCUGGUGCUGUGGCCAGGAUUUGACAACGCCAGCUAUCAAGUGCCCACCAGUUGGACACUUCAUCAUUUACCAUAACAAUCAUGGCAUGCAUCCAACUUAUGCCGGUCACGUUCCUGGCCAUAAUUACAAAUUUGGACGUUCGUUUGAGAAGACAACAUACCAUGCGAAACGCUGGUUGGAGGUUCACCAGGAUCUCACGGUUCUACCCGAGAUUGCCAAAUUGGAUCUCGAAUAUUAAACAAAUCUGUAAUCGCAGACAAUUUGUUUUGUGCUUGGCUCUGCUGAAUGUGUGUAUGAAUUUAAAAAAAAAAAAAAAAUACAGUAAACACAUUUAAAUUUA